AUAUUCAAUAUGUGGCCGAUUGUUAUUUCUGCCAAGGGAACAAGUGGCUGAUGGCGGUGCCAAGGCAAGGUCGAUGACGUAGUGACAAUAGAAAUCGCCAGAUCACUCAGAAUUCCCCUAACUUGCCAAUAUUGACAAUCAUCAAGCAUCACAUCCUAGCACAAUGCCUUGGUCUAUCGCUCUUCCACAGGCGAUCUUCGCCUCACCCCUGUUGGCGGUCGCAACCCCAAUCACCGCAGGGACAGCAGUAGCCCUCUUGACCAAUCGGAAACAAAACCGCGAAACCUACAACAAGCUCAAGCAACCACCCUACAGCCCACCAGGCUGGCUCUUCGCGCCGGCCUGGACAAUCCUGUAUGGAUUAAUGGGGUACGCCUCGCACCACGCCACGACAACCGCGUCGCAAUCAUUCUCGCUCGCGGUGCGCGAUACCAAUUCCACCGCACAGACACUCUACACCACGCAGCUGGCCCUGAACUUCCUCUGGAUGCCGCUCUUCUUCCGAUUGGGGCGGCCUGCUGUGGCUCUGGGUGAUCUGGCCCUGUUAGCGGGUAACGUGGGUGCGCUGAUAGUAAAUUGGUGGUCGGCCGAUCGCACGGCGUUCUGGUGCUUGGUCCCCUACGCUGCUUGGCUUGGUUAUGCUGCAUAUCUUAAUAUAGGUGUUGGCAUACUGAAUGGCUGGACUUUGCCUAAGAAAGAGCGGUCGGAGUAGAUAGACC